AUGGACGACCUCCCCGUUCUUCCCCGUCGCACUCCCGUUGAUUCAAUGGGUUACUUGAACUAUCCCGCGGAAAUAUUGAACCAGAUCUAUCGCAUGGUCUUGGUUGAUAAACGCCAGAUUCUCUGCUUCCUCUGCUCCACAGAUCCGGCAUUUCAGGCGAUUGUUCUGAAACACGCUGUUGAUUGGCCUCAAGGCUUGCACAUCGGCGUGUUGGACUGGACCCACCUGUUUGACGAGCGAUAUUUCGUCAACAGCUCAGGUCUUUCGACGCAGUUUCUCCGUGUAUGCAAGAAAAUAUGGAGAGAAGGGAGCAGUGUGCUCUAUGGAAAUCUGAAGAUUGCCAUGCGAUGGACGCCAACACUAGAUCCUUGUCUGGGCUCUUUUUUCAAACACAAUAUUCAAUACGUUGUCGCGUGGGCCGAUGUUGUUUAUCCUUCCAGCUGCGAGCUAUGGCCCACGCUUAGCAAAAGUUGGAAACCGUUCGACCUUCUGCACUGGGGUGUUGCCCAUCCCACCGAAAGUUGGGAAACGGACAGAUCAACGCUGAGACGGAUGCGCGAGCAGAGAUUGUCAGAGACGGGCAGGAGAGGGCAGCGAGCCAGGAGUAGAUCGGCCAAUUUUUGA